ACCUGGCCUGGAUGGAGGCACGGAAUGGAUCGUGAGGUCAUAAUGACUGUUAUGACAAAUCCAGUGAACAAAUCCUUAUAGCACUGUUUUGUCUCAUUUGCCAGCAAAGAUCUCUCAGUUCAUCAACUGUGAAAGUACCCAUCAGCGACAACACAGAGACACCUAAUAAUGAGCGCCAGUCAAAGCAAUGGAGAAUUUGUUCCUCAGCAGGAUGAGGACACCACUGGAUGCAUGGAGUUAUCUCACAUAUUGGCUGAAGUCAGAGCUACAACAUAUGCAGAUAUGCAAUAUGCAGAGAUAGCUGAAGAACAUGAUUAUGCCACCUGUCAGCCAGUAAGAGAGGAGUACAGCGGACCAACUGCAGAGCAGGGUGACUGGUCUUAUAGACAUACAUAUGAAGAUCAGAACUACAUGGCGUGCAUGCAUCUAUCUCAGGUGCUGGAGAGGGGCUUUGCAGCAGUGACGUCUGAGAUGCAGUAUGCAGAGAUAGCUGAAGAACCUGAUUAUGCCACCUGUCAGCCAGUAAGAGAGGAGUACAGCGGACCAACUGCAGAGCAGGGUGACUGGUCUUAUAGACAUACAUAUGAAGAUCAGAACUACAUGGCGUACAUGCAUCUAUCUCAGGUGCUGGAGAGGGGCUUUGCAGCAGUGACGUCUGAGAUGCAGAGGCUGAGUAGAAGAGUAAAAGAGGUAGCUGACAACAUGAAGGACUGCUCAGACAGCAUGAGCUUCUAUGCACCAAGAUCAUGGCAGGAAGAAAUGCUGAGCACACUUCCUGAGACAAAUACUUCACUACCAUCUGCAACUCACCUACUCCGGGAUGUGACAGUAAAUCAUGGUCAUUGUCCUCUAGACCCCUGUAAUGCCACUCAGGAUUCUGAUGUGGAAAUCCAGACAGACCUGUCUGAUGAAGCCACAAUUUAGAGCUACCAAGAAGUCAUUCUACAUAAUCCAGAGGAUCACAGCUCAGGUCAAUGUAAUAAACACAAAUUAAAAAUAAGCAAAAAUA